AUGUCACAAAACGGUUCCAACGAAGAUGUUGAAAAAGCUCAACCAAGGUUGGCAAGGGUGAUAACUCCCGGUGGUCAUCCCGCCGAUUUUUCACAACCUUCUAUGCCUCUUUCUCAUAGGAAAUAUGGGAAUCCCGUACCGAUCGGAUUGACAAGUUUCGGUUGUGGUUUUUUCCUCGCUUCGGCUUUGACUCUAUACACGAGACAAGUACAUAUUCCUAAUAUGGUCGUUCCUAUCGUUAUGCGGAUGGUGGGAAAUGUUCCUCGGAAAUACAUUCUCGGCUACCAUACAUUCGGAGUCAUUCAAGCUUAUCAGAAUGCUGAUGGGACUAUGAAACCUGAGUUCAACCAAGCUGUGGGUUUGUAUAUGAUGGCGUGGAUGAUGGUCACCAUUCUCUUCAUCCUCGGUGCACUUAGGUCAUCUUUGGCUGUCCUACUCACUUUGGUAUUUACUGGUCUGACGUACCUGACUUUGGGUAUAUACUAUUUCUACGCACUGGACGGAGCUCGGAUUGCAGGAGGAGUAUUUGGUAUGCUCGCAACGGCCGCAGCAUGGUGGGCUGCAAUGUCAGGUUUCUGGCAUCCCGAUUCAACAUUUGCGUUCAUCCGUGUUGGACCUAUUGAUCUUUCUCCUAAGAAACGCUCUUGA